UUUGGCGAGAAGUCGUGCUUAGUCACGGGUGUAAACAACAUGGCGGCGUGGAUACAGGUGCCCGUUUGACCAUUCGAAGAAAAUAGGAUAAUUGAAUUGUGAUUUCUGUGAAGGGACAGUGAACCAUAUCUAUUUCUUAGUAAUCAUGGCCCUCGUCAAACGGAAUGACAAACCUCAAACGUUUUCGUGGAAUGUGCGGGAUUCAAGAAAAACACAACACAAACUUCCUGUUAUAAAAAACCCACCAGUUAUAGACUACGACAAGUUACAGGAAUUAUGCAGCAUUGAUGGAAUGAAGAACAGAGACAACAAUGAGACGUCAGAGGAAGCACAUCGAGAGUUCAUGGCAAACUACCACAAGAUGUUUGUCAAACCUCCCAAGAAGUUAGGCUUCCCAAUCCACACCGAGAAGAGAGGGGAGAAUCGUGGUUCGACACUGAGUGUGAGUCAUAAAGCUACAGGAAGUGAAUCACAUGAGAAGAAACCUAUCAAGAAGCAACUUAAGACCCAUGUGGAGUCUCACAAUGUCAGUGAUUAUCUCCCCUUGCUUCACAAGGAACGCAAGAGUGAGGACCCAGUGGCUAUCAGAGCCGCGAACAUCAGGACGCUGCGGAGGAUUCUCAGAAAACUUCCCUUCGAGAGGACAGCAGUGGACAAUGACAGGGUGUUUUCUAUUCUGCGCACGUUCCCGUUCUUCGCCCAGUGCGUGCCCUUGAAUGUCCUGAAGGAGCUUUGUGUGGUCGCCCAACUCGAGAUCUGGAAGGAGGACAACUUCACAAUAUUCGGCAACUCGGGUCUGCACAUGGUUCUAAAAGGUUCUGUCCUGCCUCUGACAUCACCAUACCUCAACAUCCACUUCUCCCAGAUGGAGUUCCGCUCACCCACGCCAAUAGAGGACGAGGUUGAUGAGAAGCUUGAAGUAGGAGAAUGUUUUGGCACCUUGGUGAAGAUUGAGGACAGAUCAGCCAACACCAAAGUACUGAGUGUCAAUACAGAUGAAACCCCAGUGGAAUUAUUAAAGAUAUCCGUGUCCGACUACAACAGGGUCAUAGAGCAAAUCCGUCAGCGAGAGCACACAGAGAAGCUGAAUGUCCUCCUGUCAGGGGAUCAGUAUGGAGUGUGGCCUCGCCAGCCUCUCAUACAAGUGGCAAACCUCAUCGAGUGGAUGACAUACCCACCCAACACAGUGGUUGUGUCCGAGGGUUACAAGUCUCCCUUCAUCGGCUUCAUCAAGAGUGGGGAGUGCCACGUGCUGCGACAGGUCGAGGUCCUACACACUCUCCACAAUGGACAGAAGGAACGGAAGACAAAGCAAGUGGUCAUGGGAAGACUGAAACCAUCGGACUCCUUUGCUGAACUGAGCGUGCUCCUGGAUGAGCCAAUCACAUGCUCCAUUGUCACGGCAACAGAUAUUGAACUCGGCAUUAUCAAACCAGAGAGGAUCGAAGAACUUGAUGAAGUUACAAUACAGUUGUUCAAGCAGUCAAAUACAAGAACGUUUGGUGAUUUAACCAAGGAGGACAUUCAGGAGGAAUAUAUUCAGCAGGAACUGAAGCGAGAGUGGAACGAGUUCAAACACAGCGUUGUCGUAGAUGUUAUCAACUCACGCGGCAUACGACCAGGCUAUGGUCGCUGGACAAAAUGAAAGGCUCGUCCAAAGAUGCUGAAAAGACAAGCUAUGUGAAAUCUGGCACAAGGUGCUGUUGAUAUCAGAAAUGGCAGCUUUUGUACCAGAUAUUCUCAAACUAUGAUUCAGCUGAUACCAAUUGCUGUUAGAUAACGGCUCUUGUACUCGUACACACCACCAGUGAAAUAUUGCAACAAUGAGAAGCAUUACUCAAGGGCAGACUACUCUGUCUGUGGUCCAAUGACCUGGGUUGUUACUUAUUGUAGCAAAACUAACAGUCAUUCUGACAGAAAUAACACAAACAAUUGGCUGUGUGACCAGUUCCCCUGACACACCACCUGUAGUUUAUCAGAUCUUCAUGGGGAGGCAUUGUAUUGGAGUAAAAGAUCUUAGCAAGAUUGAAGAAACACAAGCAUUUAAAACCAGUAUUCCAUAGUAAGCAGAGACUACGACAAAAUUUCAAGAAAACAGAUAUCACUUGGUCCUAGGGACCUAAGUCAAUAGAUGUGAGAAUUGCUAUACCCAAGUGCACAUAAUCAGGAUGUUAUUACACUAGAUGUUCUACCCUUAUUGGUCAUACGUUAACGAAUGGAAAAACUUAUCUGACAUCCAGAUUUGAGUGAAAUAACUUCUUUCAGUCAGCCUCCAAGACACUGGAAAGAUCAUGAAGAACAGUGAGAAAAACAUAGCAUACAUUUGUCCUUUCUUGUGACCGGAAAAACAUGUAUGCAUAUAUUGUUUUAAUGAAUGAACUUUGUUGUGCGAUAAAAAAAGACAUAUGCUUUACAAUAUCUUUGCAGCAGAAUGUUUAAUCCAAAAUGUCAAAUCUAACAAUCUUUGUUUUCAUUUUGUAUGUUUUUAACAAUAUUUUUUGUAUUUAUGAAUCAUGGGCCAAAAGUUAACUUUGUACCAAUAUUUGUUAAGUGAUGACUAACUAAAAAUAUAUAUAAAAUAAACUGUAAACUUAUUUGUUGAAAGUGGUCAUGUUGCUAUGGUUUCUUUUGGGUAUAAAACACAGGUCACAAGCAGGCUAAGUUAAGCACCAUUGGUCGUGGAGAGUAGAUGGAUGGAGACCGUGUUCAGCAGCUGGACUCCAGAGUUUUAGGACUUUGUUCUGCCCCACAUUGAAUCACAUGUUACAUGUGGUGUCUCCUCAGGCAGGUGACUGUGAAAUGUGCCUCUGUUCAUCCCCAGCAGUGAAUGAGAUGGUAACAUUGCUAGUUUACAUGUACCAUCUUUUAAUGUCUUUCAACAUCUCUUGGUAAGACACUCUCC